AUGCGCUGGCUCAAGAGCACUCUUGUCGCCGCGGCCUCGUGGUCCGUGGCUUCUGCCCAGCUCCCGGAGCAGGAGGACCCAGACUUCGCGCCUACUCCCAUCGAGUACGCCGUCGACACCUUGUCCCGCGCUCCGGGAUGCAACAUUGCUGACUUUUGGCGUCUUGCCCGUCAACUGUCCCCCGGAACCGAGAUUCGUUAUCCCAACACCACCGAAUUUGACGCCGCCACCGAGAGAUGGUCCAACGUGGGCGGGGGUGUUCCCUACGUUGACAUUAGCGUCGCCCCCGAGACUGAGCAGGAUGUGAUGAAGCUUGUGCGCAUUGCCAACAACUGCAAUGUUCCCUUCUUGGCCUACAACGGCCGCCAUGGUGCCAUCACCACCUUGGGCCAGAUGAACUGGGGUAUUUCCAUCGACCUGAAGAAGUUGUCAGGUGUCAGCAUCUCGGGUAAUGGGCAGACUGCUACUGUCCUCGGUGGCACCAACUCCAAGGUCCUCAUCGACCACCUUUGGGCUGCCGGCAAGCAGGCCGUGACCGGUACCUGCGAGUGCGUCAGCUACAUGGGUCCCGCUCUCGGCGGCGGCCACGGAUGGCUGCAAGGCCACCACGGCCUCAUUGCUGAUCAGUUUGUCUCGGCCAAGAUCGUCACUGCCGAUGGCCAGCUCCGCACCAUCAACUCCAACUCUGACCUGUGGUGGGCCCUCAAGGGCGCUGGCCACAACUUUGGUAUCGUCACUUCUGUCACCAUCAAGAUCUUCCCCAUUGUCCACACCAACUGGGCCAUCACCACCUUGAUGUACACUGGUGACAAGGUCGAGGCUCUCUACCAGGCCGCCAACGACUACCUCCUCCAGAACGGCACCCAGCCUGUUGACAUCAUCAACUGGUCGUACUGGAUGAACAUUCCCCCCAUUGACCCCACCGGCCCCGUUGUUGAGUUUUACAUCAUCCAGGAGGGUGUCACUGCUGUCGACACUGCCUACACCGCCCCCUUCAUUGCUCUCGGUCCCAUCUCUGUCACCAACAACACUGGUACCUACAAGGAUGUCUCCAGCUGGGUCGGCAUCUCCCUCGAUGGACCCCCGUGCCAGAAGACCGGUGCUGCCAACCCCCGCUUCCCUCUGUACCUCCCCGAGUACAACCCCUCCGCCAUGGCCGAGGUCUACGAGGCCUUCAAGGAGGGCACCAACUCCUCGUCCCCCUUCGCCAACUCCCUCUUCAUGUUCGAGGGUUACUCCAUGCAGGGUGUCAAGGCUGUCGAUGCCGCCUCCACCGCCUAUGCUUUCCGCGAGGACAACCUCCUCACUGCUCCUCUUGUGCAGUACACUCCUGGCAAUGCCGCUCUUGAUGCCCAGGCCCAGGCCUUUGGCAACCAGCUUCGCAACAUCCUGCACGCUGGCAGCGGCCGCAGCCAGAAGCACAUUUACCUCAACUAUGCCUAUGGUGAUGAGACCAAGGAGGAGAUGUACGGCCACGAGAGCUGGAGAAGCGCCAAGCUUUUGCAGUUGAAGGACAAGUACGACUCUAGACGUCGUUUCAACUUCUACGGUCCUGCUGCUUAG